GAUCCAAAUUAUGAAACUUUAAAAAGAGAAUUCAAGAGAUUAUAUGAAAAUUGUAAUAGUGUUAAAAACUCAUUGCUUUCUUACACAUCCUAUAUUAAAGAAUUAUAUUUAUCACCAAAUAGUAUUUAUAAUAGUUUAACACAAUUUUAUGAUAAUCAACAUCCAUUAUCAAAAUACAGUAGUUCUAUACUUCAAUUGAUAGAUGCUCAAAUAAAGAAUUGGGAAAUAAAUGAAUUUAAUGGACAUUAUCAAAAGAUAUUAGACUAUUCUUUAUCAAUAGAUCAGAUUCAUUCAACAAUACAGAAAGUUGAUAGAUUAUCCAGCGAAGUAAAUAAUGAACAAAAAAAAAGUGAAUAUAUACAUUUAAAAUCGUCCCUUUUUAAUGAAACUUCUCAGUUAUUUGAUAAUAAAGCAGAAUGUUUCGAAAAACCAUUAAUAAAUAUACAGCUCUCAUUCAAUAACUUAAUUCAAUCAGUUCAUUCUAUAUUAAAUAACUCUUCACCAUUAUUACAAACCCAUAUCAAUAAUCAAAAUAAUCACAUAUUAAAUUUAUACCCAAAUAAUGACUUUUUAAAUAAACCUGUACACAACCAUCUUGAUGGCCCUUCAACAAUAACACAACAACCAUCCCCAUCUUUAGUUAAACAACCAUUAAGACCAAAUCCUCCAAUAUCAUCACCAAUCCAACAACAACCACCACAGCGACAACAACAACAGCAGAGACCAUAUAAACCAAAUACAAAACUGAAUAAGCUCCAGGUUUGGCAGACAAUACCAGAGAAUAUUCAAAAUCAAUUUAUCAGAAAAGCAACAUUUACAGCUUUAGAUGGUAUUGAUUUAUAUAAAGUUAAUUUAGUUGAAGUUACAGAUCCAAACGAAGUUGUCCAAUUUGAACCAAUUAGCCAAAGAGAUAUCGAUAUUUAUUUACGUCCAACUGAUAAACUUAACUUUGACACUCCAGAGUUUGAACAGUUUAUUCAAGAGAAUGGCUUUUAUCCAAAACAAUUCGAAGAUGGAUCAAUGGAAAAAUUCGAAUCAACAUCGCAUACUUCAAAACUAUCUCAAUUAACAGCACCAACCAAACAAGAGCAACUUCAUCACAUCAAUCGAUCCCAAUAUCAAAAUCAACCACAGCAACUUAACCCACCAAAACCAUUACAACAGAUUAACAAAUCACCAAUUCAACAACAAUUAAAAACAUCACCUAUACAAAAACCACCAUUACAACAACAACAACAAAGACCAGUUUCAGCACCUUCAAAACCAGCAGCAUCUGAAACAAAGAGUGGAUUCUCAUUAUUUAAAAAAUCAGCUGAAAGUAUUCAAAAACUAAAGUUUCACAAAAUACCACCAUUGGACCAAUUAGUCGAUCAUCAUGAAUAUCAUAAAUUCUUUUGGGAUAACAAAAGAUAUAAAUUGGUCAAGACUUAUAAUGGGUCAGUUAGCGUAAACUAUGACUUUACAUUAAAGUAUAAACCAAAUACAAAGCUAAGUACGCUCCAAGUUUGGCAGACAAUACCAGAGACUAUUCAAAAUCAAUUUAUCAGAAAAGCAACAUUUACAGUUUUAGAUGGCAAUAAUAAUUCAAUAAUUGAUUUACCAUCUAUAGUAGAUUCAUCUCAUCAAAAGCUAUUUUGUUUUAAAUAUAACCCUUUUCAGCACCCAAACAAACUUCAUUUCAUUUGUAGAGCCAAUUUUGAAGUUGAUUUAUAUAAAGUUAAUUUAGUUGAAGUUACAGAUCCAAACGAAGUUGUCCAAUUUGAACCAAUUAGCCAAAGAGAUAUCGAUAUUUAUUUACGUCCAACUGAAAAACUUAACUAUGAUACUCCAGAGUUUGAACAGUUUAUUCAAGAGAAUGGCUUUUAUCCAAAACAAUUCGAAGACGGAUCAAUGGAAAGUGUUUUAUGCUUUGCAUACAGAAUUUAUCUUUUCCAAUUAAAGAAUUUUACAUACAAAUAUCCACAUACAUUAUCUGGUAAACCAAUUGAAACAUUUAAAGCAAAAUAUGGUGAUUGCGGAUGUCAUUCAUUCUUUUUUACAAGUAUCAUGAGAUAUAACAACAUUCCAACCAGAUUAUUAUUUGGGCGUGGUGCAAAUUUAAACAACAACAGUGACCCACAAUGGCAUGUAAAAACAGAUAUAUAUUUAGAUCAGGUUGGUUGGGUACCAAUGGAUGUAACAUGUAAAGACUUUAAUGGUCCACAUACUCACCUUAUUGGUAAUGAUAGUGGUGACCAUAUUACAUUUGGUAUGGAUUACCUCACUGAUAUUCAAGAUCUAUCGAAAUAUUCUCCAUUCCCAAGUUUCCAAUUAAUGAAUAUGAUACACUUUGGCCAUAAUGUAGAACUCGAAUCAACAUCGCAUACUUCAAAACUAUCUCAAUUAACAGCACCAACCAAACAAGAUCAAUUUAGCCAUAUUAAUCAAAGCCAAUAUCAACAAUUACAUAUACAAACAAUUGGCCAAAAAUCUCAACCCACAGUUUUACAACAACAACAACAACCCCAACAACAACAACAACAACAACAACAACAACAACGAUCAACACCACAACCAGCUUCACAAAGACCUGUUUCAUUCCAUCAACAACAACCAGUUCCAAAUAGAACAGUACCUACUCAACAACAACCAGUUUCCCAAAGACCACAGGAAAAAGAUAGUAGCUUUUCUAACUCUAUAUCAUCAUUCCUUUCAAAUGCCACAAAAUCUUUAAACAUUAGUAACAAUGGGUUGCCAAGUAAAAUCCAUGUUGACCAAUUAAUUAAUGAUCAUAAUCUACAUAAAAAGUUAUGGGAUAAAAGAUUUAAAUUAGUCAAAAAAUAUAACUAUUCAGUAUCAACUUUAUAUACAAAAAAAAUUAUAUUUAGCCCAGAUUCCAAACUAAAUGAAAUUAAAUUUUAUAUGGGUAUACCAUUAAAUAUUAAUAAUCAACAGGUUCGAUAUUCAUCAUUCACACUUCAUGAUAGCAAUGACCAAUGUAUAAGUCAAGCUUCAAUUGUCAAGUCACUAGUUCAUGAUUGCUAUCUUUUAGCUUAUAAACCAAAUCCUGGCCAAGUUGAUAGGGAAUUAACAUGGAAAUAUAGAGUUGAUGUCGAUUUUUACACAGUCACGGCAGAAGAAGUCACAAAUCCAAAUGAACAAAUUGACUUUGAUCCUAUUUCAGAAAAAGAAAUCGAUUUAUACUUAAGACCAUCCGAUAAAAUGAAAUUCGACACACCAGAGUUUGAACAAUUUAUAUUCGAAAAUAACUUAUAUCCAAAACAAUUUGAUGAUGGUACCAUGGAAAGUGUAUUAUGCUUCGCAUACAGAGUUUCAUUAUUCAUUUAUAAAAACAUUCAAUACAAGAAUCCAUAUUCACACAAUGGUGAUCCAAUUUCAACAUUUAAAGCAGGUCAUGGAGAUUGCGGUUGCCAUUCAUGGUUGUUUGGAAGUAUUUUACGUUAUAAUAACAUACCAGUACGUUUAUUAUAUGGUCGUGGAGGUUUAUUGGAUAAACCAGGAGAUAAGCAAAUUCAUAUUAAAAAUCAAUUUUAUGUUGAAGGUUUAGGUUUUGUUCCAUAUGAUGGCGCCUUCAAAGAUGGUAAUCCUUAUCAUAAAAAAUAUUUUGCUCAUGAUAUUGGUAGCCAUGUUACUACAGGUUUAGAUAUUUAUACAGAUAUUGAAGGUAGAAAAAACGAAUUUUCAUUCCAAAAUCCAGCUUAUUUUUAUAUUGGCAAUGUAAAAAUAGAAUCAUCAGAAGAAAAAUAUGAUGUUUUUAAAUUAUAA